UUUGGGGGCAGAGAGGAGGGGAUGGCUGGUACUUCAGGGUCCGUGGGACGAAGAGAGGGCUCUGAGGGGAUGGGCACGCUGGGCAGCAGCUGCAGGGAGGGACGGGCUUCUGGGUACUGAAGGCAUGCGAGGGGGUUGAGGAGCUCGCAGUGGGCGAUGAUGACCCCAAGAAGUGUUGGGAAAGGAAAGGCGCUAACGAGGAUCCUCUGCUACGACAAGACUAAUUUGCAGACUGUCAUGGAGCCACAGAAUUACUUUUGGACAGCUAAUUAAGGCAAUUAUUAUUGACCUUCAUUAUGUGAUACUGGGAUCAACACCCUGUCCUGUAAAUUCUGUGCAUAUCUAUAGUUGUUGCUGUUAGCUACAUCUCAAAUAUCAGCAAUGGCAGCCUCUAGCAGUGUCGGCAGUGAAGAAGAGCGUAGCCUCCGCGAAUGUGAGCACUAUGUUCAAAAACACAACAUCCAGCCGCUUCUGAAGGAUUGUAUUGUUCAGCUAUGCACUGUGCGACCUGAGAGACCCAUGGGAUUCCUCCGGGAAUACUUUGAAAGGCUGGAGAAGGAAGAAACAAAACAGCUAAUGAGUCAGCAGAAAGCCAGCUCCCGUGCAGAUUCUCGUGAAGAUGAGAUUUCUCCACCCCCACCCAUGAACCCGGUAGUAAAGGGCCGCAGAAGGCGUGGUGCCAUCAGUGCAGAAGUUUACACAGAAGAGGAUGCUGCAUCUUAUGUUAGAAAGGUUAUUCCAAAAGAUUAUAAGACUAUGGCUGCUUUGGCAAAAGCCAUAGAGAAGAAUGUUCUUUUUGCUCAUCUUGAUGACAACGAAAGAAGUGAUAUAUUUGAUGCGAUGUUCCCUGUCACCUAUAUUGCUGGUGAGACUGUAAUCCAGCAAGGUGAUGAAGGGGAUAAUUUCUAUGUUGUUGAUCAAGGAGAAAUGGAUGUAUAUGUAAACAAUGAAUGGGCCACCAGUGUUGGGGAAGGGGGCAGCUUUGGAGAACUUGCACUGAUCUAUGGAACACCCCGAGCAGCAACUGUCAAAGCAAAAACUAAUGUGAAGCUGUGGGGUAUUGACAGAGACAGCUAUAGAAGAAUUCUUAUGGGCAGCACAUUGAGAAAGCGAAAGAUGUAUGAAGAAUUUCUGAGUAAAGUGUCAAUACUGGAAUCGCUUGACAAAUGGGAACGCCUCACAGUAGCUGAUGCUUUAGAGCCAGUACAGUUUGAGGAUGGACAAAAGAUUGUGGUGCAGGGAGAGCCAGGAGAUGAGUUCUUCAUUAUCCUAGAGGGUACAGCUGCUGUGUUACAGCGCAGAUCAGAGCAUGAAGAAUUCGUUGAAGUGGGCAGGCUUGCACCAUCCGACUAUUUCGGUGAAAUAGCUCUGUUGAUGAAUCGUCCUCGUGCUGCCACCGUUGUUGCUCGUGGUCCAUUGAAAUGUGUAAAGCUUGACCGGCCCCGAUUUGAGCGUGUCUUGGGUCCGUGCUCGGAUAUUCUCAAACGAAACAUCCAGCAGUACAACAGCUUUGUGUCCCUGUCUGUCUGAAGUCUCCCCCCAUUUUCCAAUACAUGCUUCACACAUGCAGACUGCUUCAAUACUCUUGUGCAGAGCCACAUGGCCACUGGCUAUUGCAGCUUCCUGUCUAUUUGAGGAAGGAAAAAAUGUUGCUUUUCAUGGCACCAUUUUAAAUUUUAGAAUGUUAUUUUGGUGCCCCAACCCUAUUUCAAAUAAAUACAAAAUUGUAUGGAGACUUUUGCUGUUACUGCUUUCCUCUGUGCAAUGUACAGUGUCCAACUUGGGCAGUAACUGCCAUUCCUUUUGUUGGGGAAAUCUCCUAGCACCAAGAUUAUUGCCAUAGAGUUAAGGAUGUAACAGUGGAAAAUGCUUAAGAGGCACUCAUUUCUCAGCUUGUAAAUCCUGUGUUUCUUUAAGGUUAUGGUCACUUUCUACUGUACUACCCUUAGACCGAGAGUUUUAGCCUCUCAACUCUGCUUUGAGGCAUAAAUGUUCUUGAUAUGGUUAUCUUUGGUUUGGUUUGCUGAGAUCAGCUCCUAGUAAAACCAUCAUUAGAAGUUUGAUAGUUCGGUGGAUCUGUACCCAUCUCAGUUGGUUCAAAAUGGCUUGGUCGUUACUUGUCAAGUUUUUAUGUAUAAGCUUUUGUUCUGGCAGCUACGGCCAGUGUUGCUGAUCUUUGCCAUAGCUGACUUUUUUUGCCUGUUCUCAGUUAUGAAUAUUCAUAUUUGCGCCUCAACUUUUUCUGUGCAAAUUCUCAAAAGCUAAUUGACUGCUAAACCCCUGAAUAUUGAUGCCAGUGUAAACACUGACAUUAAGCACUGGGCUGCUCUGUAGUUAGUGUCAAAUAGAAUACCCCAUGCAUUAAAUGCAGAACAGAAAACCAAAGGGUGCAUUUUACACAUGGAUUUUUCUGUCCCUUCCAAGCUUUGCUUCUCUAACUUAGGAACCAUAGGAUUCAAUGGUUCUGUUCUUAUAGCUGUCAUUCAGUGCAGGUUGAAUACCAUCCCAGUUGGGAAAAUAAGGCACUGGUUUUAUGUGAAAGACAGGAAGCUGGAAUUCAAUGCUUCCUGUCAAACUCUUAUUACUUUGUCCUUGCAGGAGAUGUAGUAGCUUUUAACUUCUUAAAAGAUUCAGUCUGAGCAAGACACACACCCAUUCUUUGCUUUGCCCCAUAUUCUCACACUGAUCUGGCAGAAUAACUAUUUUUGGAAAGUUAACCCUGUUAAGUCUGAAAUGUUUUCAGUAUUUACCAGGUUUGUGUUACAAUACUUUGUGUGCACCCUGUGCUGCCCACUAGCUUUUAUGGACUUUCACAGUUGGAUAAUGUAGGCAGUCAGUUUCUUUAUAAUAUGUAAAUUAUCUGAAACUAGAGUAGGAUUUUAUUUUGGGAGUGACAGCAAGUAUUUUGCAUUGGUUAUGCAACUGUUCUUUGAGUCCCACUCCCUUUCUCCGCCCCUGCACAACCUAUCUCCUCCCCCCCCUUUUUUUUCUUUAGACAAUUGGACCUGGUAUAUACUUUGCUGACUUGUUGGCUGUUGGAGGAAUAUUUGUUCAUCAUACGUACAGUUUGAAGAAUAGGCGGCGUAGUAUAAAAUAACAUCUGUAGGGGAUAUCAAUUCAACGUCCACAUUUCUAGAUAGGGAUGUAAAAUUAUACAUUGUGAGUUCCUGCUGUUUGUCCUAAAGACCUUAGUGAGGUGAGGAUAGCCACAUGUACUCCUCAGGAGCCCAUAAAUGCUAACUUCUUUCUCUAAAACUUUAUUCAGUUUGAAUAUAUCCAGGGAUUUUUUUCCUUAUACCUUUGUUACUUUUGAAGCUUGAUUUGAUCCUUGUUGAAGCACCAAAAAUUUUUUAAAUCUAUGUAAGCUAGUUAGAGCGCCACAAAAAUGCACAUUUUUUUAUAUAAGGCUUUCUAAUCAAGUUUCACUACUGCGUCUUUUUAGCUUGCUGUUUACUCCCUUUUGUAGUUUUACCAACAAGAUUUUAAGAUGACCCAGCUAUGUCUGAGUUAAAUAUUAAUCACAGUUAAAGCUUUACCUUUGUGUGCAAUUUAAACAUGUUUGAAUCCACAGUUGGUAUAGUUUGCCUUAGCUAACAUUCAGGGCUUUAGAAGUGGUUAAAAUUUUUUUUGCUAGGUCACCUUAGCAAAUUAAAAUAAAUCUCUUGCCCUAGAGUGCUAUAGUCAACCAGAGGACCAUUUUUGUAUUGUUAUCUGACUUAACUGUAUGUGCUAAUAUAUUCCUUUUGUUAUAGAUUGUCCUAAUGGCAGGUAAAGCAAUAAAAAUGAUUUAAAUUCUUAAA